GUAAAACUAAGUAAAUAGAUAUACAUAUAGAUUAUAGCACUUAUUUAUGAUAAUCAUAAUGAACAAAACCCCGUCUAUCUGGCGGUGGGCAGACUUACGCCUUAUACCGUAUGAGCAUGCACGCUAUGCUUUUCAUUUUAAGCCUAUCGUAUUGUAAAAAUUAAUAAAAACAUUUAAGGUGUUUUGAACGUGAAAUGGACUCCCAUUGCAUAUUUGUUGAGAGCAUGGUAAGAGCUCAUGUCACUAACGAGAACAGACCAUUUACGAACUAAGAGAUUUCCUUUAAUUUUCUACGAUACCUCAAUUUUUGCGUUUUACGCUUAUUAUAUGCGCAUAUAUUAAUUUAUUUAUUGGUCUUAUAUAUUGGAUCACGGAUAUACCACUUUUAAAGGAACUAUUUGCAUUACUACAUACAUAUUUAGAUAAAAGUACCUAAAAAGAUGAAAGAGCUUCCAGUAGAAAAAUUACGAGACAUAGAUAAUGAGACCUUUAAUGAACAUAGCGAUUUUAAGCGACCUGAGAAACUAAUUGAAGAGGCAAAGGAUAUGCAGCCAUUUCGAUUGUCCAAGGCGUAUGUUCGGCUUGUGAGCUACAUUCAAGCAUUAAACGCUGCUUCUACAGGCAUACAGGAUUAUCACGUCCAAUAUUCUAGCAGAGUUGCGAACGUUCUUGAUGUUUUAGAGCAAGUUCAGGAAAUUACUGACUCUAUCCCUCUAGAACCCGGAAGACAUCGUUUUGGAAAUCCAGCAUUCCGGAGAUGGCAUGCUAAAUUAGUAAAUAGGGCACCAACUAUCUUGGAUACAAUUGUUCCUGCUUCCUUAGGUUCCGCCCAAAUAGAGUUGUUGGAUUAUUUUCUUGGUUCUUUCGGAAAUGCACAAAGAAUUGAUUUUGGAACCGGACAUGAGUUGAAUUUUUUGGGGUUUUUGAAAGGACUUGAUUUACUUAACCUUUUGACAUACGAAGAUUGUGCAGCCGUAGGCUUGUAUGUAACGCACAAAUAUUUGGAAGUUUGUCGUAACAUAAUUAUGAAAUAUCGUCUUGAACCAGCAGGAUCCCACGGCGUUUGGGGUCUCGACGACCACUUUUUUAUUCCAUAUAUUUUUGGAUCUUCACAACUGGCUGCUCCAGGCGGUAAUACAUUAAAUUUACGACCGAAUGCAAUUCUGGAUAAAAAACUUACAAAGGAACUAUCAAAGUCGAAUUUGUAUUUUAGUGCAAUCGAUUUUAUCAACAUUAUGAAAAAAGGCCCUUUCUAUGAGCAUUCCCCCAUCCUUUACGAUAUCACGGCUGUUCCUUCUUGGUCUAAAGUAAAUCAGGGAUUGUUAAAAAUGUACGAUGUAGAGGUCCUCAGUAAAUACCCGGUUGUCCAACAUUUUCACUUCGGUAAUCUCUUCCCUUUUCAGCAAUUCAUCUAAACUGAGCAAAGGGAGAGAAAUUUGGAUAUCAUGAGAGCCGGAAAGGCACGACAGCAUAAAGUCGUCUACAAAAAAAUAAAAUUUGAUUAUGUAUGUUUUUUUUUUCUUCAUGUCAAUAAAGCGUUUAUCACAUGCUGAACAAGUACUUGCUCUACUUCCUUCAGUCCAACAUGA